GUUACGUGGACUUUAGUAAAAGCCUCCAUUCAUGCGGUUGACCUUGACAGUUCUUAUAAGUUCAAGGUUUUUGUUUGAAUCCCUCAUUACCGUUGUCUACUGUCUUUUUGGUUUUAUGAUGGAUAUGCCAAAAGUUUGAAAAGCAUAGAAGAUGCUCCUAACUGUUACUUUUUGUGCUUAAGGUGAACGACCAAUAUAACUGUACAUUACCUGUGUUAAGCACGUAAGUAGUUUGUUUGUGAUUUUGAGUGAAAACUGACGCUUUUUGUGUUUUGUGAAAAUUUUGCUGAAGUGUGAUGUCGCACGUGUCUACCGUGUUUGUGACCGGGGGCGCCGGUUACAUCGGCAGCCAUUGCAUCGUGGAACUCCUGAACGCGGGUUACGAAGUCAUCGUCGUCGACAAUUUCGUCAACAGUGUCAACGAUUCUGCUGGAGGCUCGGUGGCUUUGAAACGAGUCGAAACGAUCACCGGCAAACCCAUCACCUUUUAUGAAUGCGACUUGUUGGACAAAAGCGCCCUUGCACACAUUUUCGCAAAGCACAAAAUCGACUGCGUGAUCCACUUCGCUGCGAUCAAAUCCGUCGGCGAGUCGAUGGAAUACCCUCUCCUCUACUACAAGAACAACCUCAUCGGCAUGCUCAACCUGCUCGAAAUCAUGGAACAAUUCGACAUCUACCAACUAGUCUUCUCCAGUUCCUGCACCGUCUAUGGCGAACCCACUUAUCUCCCCAUAACAGAACAACAUUCAGUGGGGCGCAACAUCACUAAUGUCUACGGGAAAACCAAAUAUUUUAUCGAGGAAAUGCUCCAAGACAUCACACACGCCAACAACAAGUGGAACAUCAUCGCUCUGCGAUAUUUCAACCCUUUGGGGGCCCACUCGUCGGGCCUGAUCGGCGAGGACCCCAUCAAGCCCUUCGCCAAUAUCAUGCCGUUGAUAUCGCAAGUGGCCAUGAAGCGGUUACCGGUUUUAACCAUCUUUGGCGGGGAUUACAACACGGAUGAUGGGACAGGGAUCAGAGACUACAUCCACGUCAUGGACCUGGCGAGUGGUCACGUCGCAGCCCUGAAUUUGCUCAAACGGUCACACCAAAACUACAAGGUCUACAAUUUAGGCACAGGGAAGGGCAUUUCGGUCUUGCAACUCGUCCAAACGUUCGAAAAAGUCACCGGAACUGUCGUCCCUUACAAAAUAGUCGAACGACGCGAGGGUGACAUUUCUGUAAUGUACGCGAAUGCCGAAUUGGCCGAAAAGGAGUUGGGAUGGAGGACGAAAUACACUUUGGAGGAAAUGUGUGCCGAUUUCUGGCGAUGGCAAACGAUGAAUCCUCACGGAUAUCGCCCGCAAUCAAAAAUAACAAACGGUCAUCAUUAAAUAAAUUAUUACUCACUCAU